AUGGCCAAGAAAAAAGCGUCGCGUAAGAGUGAAGACACCGGCAAUGAUAACCGACAAACUCAUAACCAGGAGAAGGCCCCCGAGACUGAUAAGAAAGCUACGGCACUCAGCCGGCAAUCUUCCAUGGACGACCACGAUUCGUCGGAGGAGAAACUCCAGAACUUGAAGUCACUCAACGCGAUUCUUCUCAAACAGACUAUGGAGAAGAGACACCAGAUCGAGUCGCUCGUCCAGGCCAAGGACGAAAUGGAGACCGAGUUGGCUCGCUACGGCUCGGAGAAAACCGGGAUGCGCGACGAGUUAGAUCAGGUUAGUGACGAGAAUUUCGGAUUGAAGAUGGAAUUGGCUCUUGUGAUGGAUUAUGUUGAGAACCGGUUUAGAGAGAUGGGUGUUGGUGUAGAAAGGUUGAUGAGGGAGAGAGAUGAUAGAGAGAGCGAGAUUAGGGUUUUGAAAGGGGAAACGAAUGAGCUUAUGGGUAAGGUGGAGAUUGAGAAGGAACAGUUGAAGAAGGUGUGUGAUGAGAGGGACUCGAUCAAAAAUGGGUUAGAAUUGCAGCGUGAGAAGGCGAAUCGAUUGAAGGAGAGUGUGAUUCGGUUGGAGGAGAAAGAAUCCAGUUUGGAGAUAGUGAUUGGGAAACUGAGAUCUGAAAACGAUAGAUUGGUGACGGAGAGGAGAGUGAAAGAAGAGAUUAUUGAAAAGGUAAACGAGGAGAAGAUUGAUCUGGAGAAGACAAUUGAGGAGAAGAAGAAGGAGAUAGAUGAGUUUAAGAGAGAAAUCAAAGUUCUUUUGGGUGUUAAGAAUGAGAUGGAGAGUGUGAAGAUUGAUCAAAUGAAGGAAAUCGAGGAGCUGGAGGAGAAGUUAGAGAAGAUGAAUGAGACUGUGCAGAGUUUGACAAAGGAAGAGAGGGUUUUGAGGGAUCUGGUAAUCAGGCUGGAGAAGAAUCUUGAUGAGUCUAUGGAGAAGGAGAGAGCAAUGAUGGUGCAAAUUGAUGCGUUAGGGAAAGAGAAGGCAAUCAAGGAAUCUGAGCUUGAGAGGGUAAUUGAGGAGAAGAUUUCAGUUGAGAAACAGAUGGAGAUGGUCAAUUUCGAGAAGGAGAAGUUGAUUGAUGAGUUGUCUCGGGAGAAGAGUGAGCUUGAAGGAUGUAUAUCUACUCGGGAGGCAAAGCUUGUUGAAUUGAAUAAAAACGUUGAUGAGCUAACGCAAGCUGUUGCUGUGUUACAAAAGGCUUGUAAUGAUCAAACCAUGACUAAUGCGACGCUUAGCUGCAAAGUUGGAGAGCUAAGCAAUGCUCUUGCGCAAGUUGAGCUCAAGAGAGAGGAAGCUGAUAAGGCACUUGAUGAGGAGAAGAGACGUGGAGAGGUUCUUAAGGCAGAGGUUAUGAAAUCAGAGACGAUGAUUCAAACAACUCUAGAAGAGCUUGAGAAAACUAAGAUUGCGCGCGAGAGUUUCUUUACAGCGAAAUGUGGUUUGGAGAGUGAGUCUGAAUCAUUGAAACAAGAAAAGGCUAUCCUCGAAAAGGAGCUCGCAGAGCUCAAAAAAGCCGUGGAUGCUCUGAGAAGAGAACUAGAAUCCGCUGGGAUGGAUGCAAAACGCAGCUUGGUGAUGCUGAAGAGAGCAGCCUCCAAGGUGGUGGCACAAUCAGAGAGCAAAGAAGAUAAGCAAGAGAAUGGAACCGAAUCCUACGCGGUGGAGCUAUGCUCGAUAGAGAAAGCCUUCAGAAACAAAGAGGAGAUGAUUGAGGAAAUGAAGAAAGAAGCUGAGACAAUGAAGCAAUCAACGGAAGAGGCACACAAGAAGAAGAGCUUCUGGACUCUUGUGUCGUCUGUAACAACCAUUUUCGCUGCUGCAUCCAUUGCAUAUGCCGCUCGUAUUCGUUGA